AUGACUUCAUCGUCAUCCGACCAUGAUAGCUUAACUGGUUCACCUCCUCCUCCAAAGCAAGCUUUGAUGGAUGAAGAUUUCGUCAAAACUUUGGAAGAACUUUCUAAACAGCAGAAUUCUCGAUUGCUUGUUAAUGGAGGACAAGCUAUCACAUCUCAGCAUGGUAAUUUCCGAACUGUCCUCAAAAGACCUGAUUUGAAAGGAACUUUUCGAUGUUCGAUAUGCCAAAAAAUCUUCUGCCAUUCGUCAUCACUAAGUCGUCACCGAAUGCAAGCACAUUUUAAAAGUUAUACUUGCACGCUAUGCAGGAAAGAAAUCACAAGUUUGUUUUUAUUUUUGAAAAAUAAAUAG